AUGAAGGCCGCAAGCGACGCGGCGCCCAACCUCGCCACGCGCGAGAGCCGCACGACAUGGCAACAAAAUAUCCGCACCAUCAUAAUCUGCUUCAUCGUUUCCUUCGCCACCCUUCAGUACGGUCUCGAUAUAUCCAUCAUCAACGGCGCCCAGGCCAUCAAAGGCUUCCUCAAGGUCUUCGGCCACCCGAACCCUAAGGCACCCCAGGGCUACGGUAUCUCCCCUUCAUUCCAGCAGUCCAUCACUAGUCUUAUGAACAUUGGCGUCAUUGUCGGUUCCUUCACGCUCGAGUUCUUUUCCCACCGCUUGGGUCGCAGGAAGAAUUUCAUCGUCGGUUCGCUGGCCUCAAUCGGCGCAAAUCUUAUCCUUGUCUUUUCUACGAAUAAGAGCGCUAUCAUCUUCGGCCGGUUUCUUUUCGGCGUCUCCAAUGGUCUCUAUAUUGGGUUUACGAGUUUGUAUAUUUCCGAGGCGGCACCAUCGCAUCUUCGGGGUGCGCUCGUUACCUUCGUCCAAGUUUCCGUCUGCAUCGGCACUAUUAUUGGCGCGGUAGUCAACAAUGCAACGAAGAACAUCCAGUCACGCCUUUCCUAUCAGAUCCCUCUCUUCACUCUCUUCCCCAUUCCAGUCUUCUGUAUCCUCAUGUCUUUCUUCGUCCCCGAGUCUCCUCGCUGGCUUCUCCUGAAGGGCCGCCGUGAGGAUGCCCGGACCCACCUCUAUCGACUGCGCGGGUCUUCCUUCCCUGCCGAGCUCAUCGACGCCGAGAUCGCUGCCAUUGCUGAGGCUAUCGAGGCUGAGAAGGAGAACACACUCCGUGGUUGGGGCGCUGUUCGCCUCAUGUUUAGUAGUGCCGAGCGCCGCCGGACCCUCCUGACCAUCGCCAGUGGUACUAUGCAUGGGGCGUCUGGUUUCCCCUUUAUCUCCAGCUACAAAACCUACUUCUUCCAGAUUGCAGGAUCUCAGAGACCUUUCGUUGACUCUAUUAUCGUUACCACUGUGUCCCUCUUCGGAGCUAUCUCUGGUGUCUUCCUUAACCGCUUCGUCGGACGUCGAUAUGUUCUUCUAUUUGGAUUCAGUGUCCAGGCUGCCCUCAUGCUCGUCAUCGGCACUGUCUGGUCCGUUGAUCCGGGUACAAUCACAACCGGCAAAGUCAUCGUCGGCAUGGUUAUUAUAUUCCAGUGCCUCUAUGCCGCUAUCGUCGGGCCCACAUCGUGGGUUGUCGCCAGCGAGAUCCCUAGCAACCGUCUUCGGGCCAUGACCUUUGGUUUUGGUAACGGCGUUGGUUUCCUCGCCUACUUCUUGAUUGCCUUCACUACGCCUUACUUCAUUAACCCCGAGGCUUUGAACAUUGGUCCUAAGGUCGGUUUUAUCUGGUUCGGAUCCAACCUGAUCACCGCCACGUUCGUUUUCUUCUUCCUUCCGGAAACCCACCGACGCUCUCUUGAAAAUAUUGAUGAGAUGUUCUACAAUAAAGUUCCCUCCCGCAAGUUUAAGAGCUACCAGUGCACGGGUGUUGUCCAGCUCCCGGAGGAAAGCGAGAAGGCCCUUGCAAUUGAGUCCGACUCUGGUACGACCUCGCAUAUUGAGAAGCGACCCAGUCGCGAGACUUAA